CUGAAGCCAAAGAUCGUCUAUAAUCGUUAAGCUGUUUUACGCGUUAGCCAUUGAAUCUGUCGUUUAGUCGCCAAUUGUAAAUAUUUUAUGCUAAUAAUGUUAUAUUUCUAAUUAUUUUAGGUGCGGGAUCACCUUAUAAAGUCCCACACCAAUGUUUAUUUUAUAGCACGGUUGUCAAAUAACUUACUAAUAAGACUUAAGCAACGAGGAGGACAUCGUCCAUCUAAAAAGCGUUUCACUUCCGCUUUUACUGGUUUCAAGCCUCCAUAUUGCUAUUCCAACGACAACAAAAGAGCAGGCCGUGUUAAACCCCACCAUUCUCCAUAAGUAACGACACUUUUGGGAAAUUACGAACUUAGCCAGGUACCACCAAGAUGGCUAUGGUGAAGAGUGGCUGGCUCCAUAGGCAAAGCACCAUACUGCGCCGCUGGAAGAAGAACUGGUUUGACUUAUGGGCUGAUGGCCGUCUCGUCUUCUACAACGACCAGCAGCGGAGGGACAUGGAGGAUGACAUCCACAUGAGGGUGGACUGCAUUAACAUCCGCAGUUCAAAUGCAUGUCAAGAGCUGAACCCUCCAGAGGGGAAGACACGUGAUGCUUUGCUUCAGAUAGUCUGCAGAGAUGGCCGGGUCAUCAGCCUUUGUGCUGACAGCGCAGAUGAUGCCCUGGCAUGGACCAUGGCACUGCAGGAUGCGAGAGUUAAUGCGAUGGUUGCAACACCUCAGGUGGGCUUUACUCCAGAAGUGAUGGCCUCCUCUCCUCCCCCUUACUCUGAAUACGCUCCCCCACCACCGUUCUAUGCUCCGGGUCAGUAUGGAGAGUACGUCGCAUCGAGCCCGCAAGCAACGCAGAUCAUGUACGCGGCUGACGGUCAGCCCUACGCCGUCGCCUACCCUUAUCAGUACCAAGGUGGCUACCCUUCUGCCGGAGUCAACCAUGUGGUGAUUCAGGAGCGCCAGCGCGAUAACGGCGGCGACAUGGCCAUGGGCAUGCUGGCGGGUGCAGCCACUGGUCUGGCGCUGGGGUCGCUCUUCUCUGUCUUCUAAGUGUGUGUGUGUGUUCUUGUACAUCUAUCUACUACAGCAACAGCACACCCACCCUACACACCUUUUAUUCAGAAAACAAAGUCCUCUCUGUGAAGCAUGGCAGGAUGGUGACACACUUUCCAUGUAUCCUAAAAUAUUCAACUUGAGCACUUUCUCCAAAGCCUUGUGUGGCAAAUAAUAUAUUUACUUUAAGAAUAACAUGUGAAUGACAUUUUGUGCACAUGCCUUCAUCUUAAAGCCAUAUAAUUUUUUAUUUGACAGUAUUUUGUUAAUGUGUCUCACAACUAUACUCCCCAAUUGUGCUUUCAUCCAAAGACGGAAAAAAAAAUCCAAAAUAAGAUGCCUAGUAGCAUACCUAGUGGUGUCUACAUUCAUGCAUGUCUUGUUUUUUUUUUGCGUGUCAUAAGGUCUUCAGUUUCACAGGCUAUUAGAUGCAAAGACAUCAGGUCAGGACGUCAAUGCAGCAAUAAUUUCCAUUAUUAGUGUAGCAUUUUACUUGAUGAGAAAGUCUCUGAAUGUGAAAAAAGGGAUGUCACGCUUGUUAAGCGAGGCAUGCAAAUAUGUGUUUGGUUUUACAUUGGCAGCUGCUAAAUGGUAGCUUUUGUUUCAUUUCAUGCUGGUUCCUGUGGAGAUCCAGUUAGAUUUCUUUUCCUGCUGAUAUUCAUAUCCUCUGACUUAAUUUAUACCAUUUCAAAUUGUUGUAACUCCUCAGAAGGAAACAUUGUUACCUGCUUUCUUAACAAAUAUUGCUUAUUAAUAGCACUAAUAAUAGAAAUGUGUUAAACUAAAGGAUGUUAUUUCCAAAAAGUAUGAUGUUGUCAAGCUAAACGUACUAGUUAAUUAAUAUUGAUAUAAAAUGUAAUGCUUUUAGCCGAGAGAUGUAUUUUAACAAUUAAAUGUAUUCACAAUAUGAUGAAUGAUUCUGCACGUGUGUUAUUUUAUUUUUGAGACUGCUGUUCACAGAACACAUCACAUAGGACACAACAAAAGUCCAAGUGUUAAAUUACAUAUAUUAGACAACUUUUGGAUGCAAGAAUAUUUGACUAUGCUGGCUGGGCCCAGUUUGUUUUAAAUCUAGCACUCUACAAACAGAAAAUACAGUAUGCUGUGUAAGAUUCAGUGUUAUGGCACAUUUCCGGCAUCUCUUGGUCGAUUGGUAUCACAUGAGAAAGAACCUAGCUCAAGAAAAAUAUGAAGGAAAAAAAUGUAAAG